CGGGCGGGAAAGCCAGCGACGAGAGCGGGCCUGCAAAGGGUAGCGAGGAAGCCAAGGGCCGCUUCCGCGUGAACUUCGUGGACCCGGCUGCCUCCUCGUCGGCGGAAGACAGCCUGUCGGAUGCGGUGGGGGUCGGAGGCGACGGGCCCAACGUGAGCUUCCAGAACGGCGGGGACACGGUGCUGAGCGAAGGCAGCAGCCUGCACUCGGGCGGCGGCGGCAGCGGGCACCACCAGCACUACUACUAUGACACCCACACCAACACCUACUACCUGCGCACCUUCGGCCACAACACCAUGGACGCCGUGCCCAGGAUCGAUCACUACCGACACACAGCCGCGCAGCUGGGCGAGAAGCUGCUCCGGCCCAGCCUUGCGGAGCUCCACGAUGAGCUGGAGAAGGAACCUUUUGAGGAUGGCUUUGCAAAUGGGGAAGAAACCACUCCAACCAGAGAUGCUGUGGUCACAUAUACUGCGGAAAGUAAAGGAGUUGUGAAGUUUGGCUGGAUCAAGGGUGUAUUAGUACGUUGUAUGUUAAACAUUUGGGGUGUGAUGCUCUUCAUUAGAUUGUCAUGGAUUGUGGGUCAAGCUGGAAUAGGUUUAUCAGUCCUCGUUAUAUUGAUGGCUACUGUUGUAACAACUAUCACAGGAUUGUCUACUUCAGCAAUAGCAACUAAUGGAUUUGUAAGAGGAG